GUGUACAGUACUUUAUUCCCAUCAGAUGUCAGAUGCAUACAUGCCCGUGCAUGCAUUGUGAUUCGGCCAUGUCAUGCCCGCAUCGGUCUUCACUUCACUCCCCUUAAUAGCCCUAUUCCCCUAGGCUCGGCUCGGCAUGUUUGCCUGACCACGAGUACCUGCCUACCUACCCAGCUUCUCCUGUUUUGCCGUGAAAGACCACCGACUACCUGAGGCAGUAUCGAGGCGACAUGGCAAUUUUCCACCUCCCGCCAGCGUUACGACUUCAAAUGCUAUCCCGGUCGUUGCUUGUCAAGCCGUACAUCUUGGCAUCAGGACGUGGAAUUCGGCCAUCAGCAGCCCUUUGCUCUUCUCGGGACCGUGGCCGCCCAUACGCCACUGUGCGUACCAACAACAACAAAAGAACUGUGGGCAAGACCCAAGCCCGUCCAUCGCGACCGGCCGACCACCGUCACGGCGGCCUGCCCCCCAAACGGAAUCAAGCCAUGACGAGAGCACGAAAGGCGAAUGACAAGCGCUCCCAAGGGAGCAAGUCCGAGAAAACAGCUGUUCUGUCACAUGUUUCUAAGAAGUCGUCGACGAAGCACAGUCCCGUACGGCGCGAGAGUUCUCGUCGCUCCGAGAAGCGGCGAACGCAGCAGCAGCAGCAGCAGCAGCAGCAGCCUCGUCCAGGCAGGAUCCCGACGUCACCAAGCGCCACUGCUGAAGGAGACCUGGUUGACGACGCGUCGGAAUCCCAGGCUAACAGCGCUCGAGUCGACUUCAAAUAUGUACAAGAUCAUAUGCAAAUACCGUCAGCUUCAGACUACCCAGAUGCCACGCUUGAAAUCCGGAACGCACUGAGCCUACUCAAACCGAACCUUCUGCGCGGAGUCUUCGAUACAUACUUACGGAAGAAGCUCAAAGUCAUUGAGAACUACGAGGAAGUAACUAAAGGUUGGCUAUGUGAACUGACUCUGGAUGCUCCUGGGGACUUUCAGCAAUGCGUGACCGGCGUUGGUGCCACAAAGUCCCAAGCCGCCAAUGCCGCGUACGUGUAUACUCUCUCGAGAUUGCAUACAUCGGGCAUGCUUGCUGCACUCCUGUCCCCGGCUACGAUGGAACCCAUGGAGCCGCGGAAAGAACAGUACCCUGGUGCUCCCCCUCUGCUGUUUGAGCCGGCACACACUGCCAGCAUUAUGCAUAAUAUCUUGGCUGCCAGAGCCCCAAAGACCAUUCAAAGCGGCGACUACGAAGCACAUGCAGAUAAAUCUGCCACUUUUACCCUACGCCUCGACAUACCAGGCAUAGCCGACGCAUCCGCCACUGGCCGUGGGACCAACAAAACGAUGGCGAAACGCGCGGCGUGGGUGGCCAUGCUGAAUCGUCUUCACACUCAUGGAGCAUUACAACAGAUCUUGCCUCAGGUUCAGAUCAGUCCGUAUCGGCCAGACGACCACAACGAGUCGAAAGUCUUCAUUCGUGACGAGUCCGAGAUUGAGCUGGUGGAGCUAGACCGGUACACGGUGGACCAAGAGAAGAACGCGACACUCGACAUUUACAACUAUGCGGCCCGGUAUGGCGCUAUUCCUCAAUUCAAAACGCAAUUUGCGCAGCAUGUCAGACGACGAGCAUCCAGGGCAAAGUCAAGGCAAACGGUAGUACAGGCAUCUAUCAGACUGCCGGAACAUGGUAUACAUGUGGUCACGCGAGGGAAAGACGUAGCCACCGCCGAAGCUGCGGCUGCACUCUCGUUCAAGCGGGAGGCGGAAAAGCAGCAGACCGAGCAGGAACACCCGAGGAACCCACUACCUGGUUAUGAGUUCUUGACGACUGAUUCUGCCCAAGAUUUUCUUGAGUGGUUUAGAAGACUGCAAUCAAGCACGACUCUGGAGCUCGAGCUCUCAAUCGUGAAUUAUGCCGGAGUCAGCGCCAACAGAGCCCGAGUCUUAGUCGACGGGUCAGUUCUAGGUGAUUCAACCAUGCGCGCAAAGAAGGCUGCGCAGAGCUCGGCAUAUUUGAUGGCUGCGGUUGCAAUUGCAAAUAAUCACCCUGAACAGAUGGCUCAAUGGGUCGAGAGAAAGAAGAAUGGUGAGGCCCGGCGCCCUAUGUACUCUCUGUCCAUGCCAAUCGAUAGCCGGAUUUCCGAUAUGAUGCGAGAGACUUUGGUCAGUGCUCGCCAGGCUGGCCUCCCAGACCAGCGAGAAACUUUUGGCGCGGAAGAGGCCACCCGAAAGACACUUCAGUCACGGCAUCGUUACUUGUCGUCGGAGGCGAGAGAUCUCGCCUGUGAAGUUCAUCAGGAAAGCCUCAAACGAUUUAAUAGUGAUUCACGCCUCGUACAGCUGCGAAAUACCAAAGCUGGUCUACCAAUGAGUCAAUAUACCGAUCAGGUCGUGGACCUGGUCUCGAGUGACGUGUAUAGCAUCAUCAUAGGUGCGACAGGCUCUGGUAAAACGACACAGGUGCCUCAGAUCUUUCUUGAUCACGCGAUCAAGAGCGGGAAGGGAGGAUAUUGCGACAUCAUUUGCACGCAGCCACGACGUCUUGCUGCCUCAUCAGUCGCGCAGCGUGUAGCAGCAGAGCGGGACGAGACGAUCGGGACAUCCGUGGGGUACCAGGUCAGAGGUGAGGUACAGCUUCCUCGAUUCGGUGGAUCGAUCACGUAUUGUACAACGGGCAUCUUGCUAGAGCAGCUCAAGUGGAACACCGACGAUAUCAUGGACAAUGUAUCGCACCUGGUGAUUGACGAAGUCCAUGAGAGGGACAUUUUUGUGGAUUUCCUGUUGAUCAUCCUGAAAAAAGCGGUGAAGGCUCGACAGGAAGCUGGCAAGAAAGUACCUCAUAUCGUCUUGAUGUCUGCAACGUUGGAUCAGAAGCUCUUCUCGGAGUACUUGCCCAAUACCAAAGAUGGCAAGACCGUGCCCUGCGCUGCACUCAGCGUACCCGGGCGAACAUUUCCAGUGACAGAGACGUACCUGGAGGAGCUCGUUCAGGACAUUACAAGUACACACAAAUCCGAGUUCCAGUCGUUGGUGAGGGGGGAUAAAGGCGUAUCGCAAGAGUACCUCGAUGCCGAACUGAAUUUUGCGCAGAGCUCCAAUGGUGCAGCACCGGUCAUCAUUGACUGGAAGCGACAAUACGAGGCUGACGCAGAUUCUGAAGGAUCCUCGCCAGGAGCACAAAGGAUAGAGUCUCUUGUGCCGGUCCGCUUGUUGACUGCCGCGCUGGCUCACAUAUGUACCAAGAGCGAUGAUGGCGCCAUUCUGGCGUUUCUCCCUGGUCUCCAGGAGAUAUCUGCAACGAUGGAGUUUCUGGUGCAACACCCCAUCUUUGGUGUCGAUUUUAACGAUACAUCAAAGUUCAAAAUCAUGCCUCUGCACUCCAGCAUUCCUCCGGAUCAACAGAAGCUGAUCUUUGAGCCGUCGCCGCCCGGCUGUCGUAAGAUUAUCCUUGCCACCAACAUUGCCGAGACUUCAGUGACAGUUCCCGACGUCAAGUACGUGGUCGAUUUAGGCAAAUUACGCGAGAAGCGAUACGAUCAAGUCAAGCGCAUCACAGAGCUGCAGACCGUCUGGGAAAGUAACUCGAAUGCUCGACAACGUGCUGGCCGAGCUGGAAGAGUCUCACAGGGAAAUUACUAUGCUUUGUUCACUCAACAGCGCAGGCAAGCGAUGUCUGCAUCGGGCCAAGCUGAGCUGCUUCGGAGUGAUCUACAGGAGACAUGUCUCUCAAUCAAGGCGCAAGGCUUCCAAGAACCUGUAGCUGAAUUUCUUGCUGACGCUAUCGAGCCGCCACCGACCAAAGCCGUCAGCCUUGCGGUAGAGAACUUGAAGAGCAUCGAAGCGUUCACGCCGGAUGAGGAGUUGACCUCGCUGGGUCGCAUCCUUUCCCGGUUGCCCGUUCAUCCUGAAUUGGGCAACAUGGUGCUUCUGGGCAUCGUCUUCCGUUGCCUCGAUCCCAUGAUCAUCAGCAGUUGCAUGGCUAGCGAGCGGACGCUUUUCGUCAAGCCACUUGGCGUUGCACGCUCCAUCGCGAGACGAAAGCACGAAGUGUACGCCCAGGAUGAUUCAGACCAUCUUGCCUACAUUAAUGCCUUCAGGGACUUGAGAACCCAGUUAUACGAAAAAGGCCAAUCGGGCACGUUUGCUUACGCCCAUGAUCGCUUUCUGCAUUUUGGAGCCUUCAAGUCGGUGGACCAGACCACACGCUUAGUCGAACAGGCAUUGCGUGAGGCUGGCCUUGUCGACAUGUCCCAUCAAGACCGCAGCAAUAAGUACCAGCUUGGCGGCGAUGCGUUGAAUGCAAACUCGAACAAUACUGCUUUACUCAAAGCAUUGACACUUGCGGGCGUCUAUCCCAAUAUUGCUGUCCGUCGCGCCAUGACCAGAUCGCCGGUUCACCGAACGGCCAGCGAAGACAAUGUCAUGAUGCACCCCAGUAGCAUGAACGCGAGUUCUGGCAAACCUGCGGUUUCUGAGACGGAUCAGAUCUAUGCAUUCAGCACACUCGCUCGAAGUGUCUCGGGCGACAGCCUUUUCAUACGCGACAGCACGUUCGUGACACCACUGAUGGCUUUCCUGUUCGGUGGACGUGUGCAGACAGAAACAUACAAAACCUUGGUGAUGGACAAAUGGUUGCCAUUCGCGCCCGCUGCUUUGAACACUGAGUUCGUGGUGAGACUAUGUUUGGAGUUCCGUAAGGCAAAAGACAGGAUGUUGUAUGGCGCCUUCAAGGAGAUGAGCAAUCCUCACACAGUCAAGACACAAGCCCGUGCGAGGGAGAUAUUUGCUGCGGGGUUAGUCAAUAUUCUCAGCGCAUCCGAAGCUCGACGAGGAAAGAUGAGUGUAGGGUAUCCGGAAUCCUGGCAAAAGCGUCGGUCCCACGUAUCCAAUGAUUUUCAGGGUCGUGGGCAGAGUGAAGGGGGGAGGUUCGCUAACAGAAGCGACGAUGUGAGAAACCAGGCGAGUGGCGAAGGGAGGCCGCUAGUCCGCUUCCACUAGGAGACUUCGGGCACAGGCUACCCAGGAAGCCUGUCGCAGACCGAUGGCCACAGAAGACCGAAAAGCGAAUGGGACCAGUCAUGGUGCUGGAGUCGACCAGACGGCGGACUGUUGAGUUCUGCUGUGUGUUCUCGGCAGCGAGAAUGGGCUGCUCGCAUAGCAUUUACAGCAAGUGAAAUCACAGUAGAUGAUGCAUCUGCAGAAUUGCCCAAUGUAGGAUAUGAGGAGUAUGUCGUACCCACGGUGACAGGGACGAUUGGAUAUGUGGACUAGGCGUUCAUGUCUGGCCACGGUCGCUUCGUGAUGCAUAGCGAGGAAGAUGGUUAAAAUACCCCUGUAUGUGUAUAUUUCACUGUGAUAGAUACUAGACUUUGUACAAUCAACUCUACUUACC